GACACAAAGACACUACCCGCAAGCAAGCAAGCGGAUGGAAUGGCCGUGGACUCGCCCCGGGUCUACUAUGUGUAGGGAACAUCGGAAUACCAAGCAGUAAAAUUGUAUUCGUGCCAUGGGCGGCCACUGGCUCAUUGCCUUGCUGGCGCUGCCCGGCGCGUGCCAGGAGCCGCCCAGCUACGAGCAGAAGCUAGAAAUAGCACGUCACCGCAUCGCCCAGCUCGAGCGCGUCGUCGAGCGGCUGCGGUCCGAGCUCGAUGGGCUGCGCCCGCCCUUCGCGGCGCUGUGGCAUGCCCGCGGAGUAGCGGCGCGGCAAGCGACGACGUGCGGCACGCCAGCGAUGCGCGCGGUGCUCGACGACCUGAGGGGACGGCGACCGGGGACGCACGGCGAGGUCUGGUUCCCGUUCGAGGGCGGCGGUUUCGGCAACGAACUGAACAAGUACCUGGCGGGAUGUGCGCUCGCGAUUGCUCUGAACCGAACGGCGCGGAUCGUUGUAGGUGGGGCGAAGACCAUUGGGCUCUUUGAGCCUCGAUUAGGCGACUGGCGCAGCGAUUCGGCGCCGAGCGGUGAAAACGCGACGACGCUGGAUUAUCGCGCCGCCGUGGCGUGCGCGCCACAGGCGUGUGGCGCUCGCUAUGUGCCCCUCGUGCUGACGAAACCGAAGCCGCAGCCGCCCGCAGAGAAUUCGACCCUCGCCCGCAAAGUCUACGCACACAUAAAAGCGCGCGUCGCGUCGCCUCCUGCUUGGUCCGACCUCCUCGGGUGCCUGACCGCCGAAGCGCUACGACCGUCAGCAGCGGCGUUCUUCAGCUCUGAGAGAGUCGGGGAAAUGGCGUGCCGCUCCACGUCUUGAGCGUGUCGCGUCGACGGGGUCUCGGUGGCUUGGACGCGUUUCCUCGACGAUCGGCGCGAUGGAAGGUGGGGUAGAGGUACUCUGAAGUACCCUCGUGAUUUUACGCGGCCUCCACGCCAUCGAUCCGAUUCGUCACGGCGAUGACAUGGGGCGCCGUCUGCGAGAGCUCGUGCGCCAUCGACGCGGCGGGGGAGGUCGCGAGGUCUCGUCGAUGGCGUGGAGGCACCGGAGUUCGCGCACGAGGCUCACCGCCAAAAAACACAGGUCGGCGCCGCUCGCCGACGAGCUCCGCGCGUACCUCGACGCCGCGCGCGGCCGGCCCCUCGUCGGCGUCCACGUCCGGACGACGGACCGCGACAUGGCGAUACACAUGGGGCAUACCGGCUUUUUGAGCCGCGGCCAGCGCCUUUUGGGCCGCCUCGACUACACGGGCGAGGUCCGGCGAGAGAACGGCUGCGUCACGGACGCGGCCGCCUACGGUCGGUGCGUCGCUGGCCUCGCGGCGAAGGCGGGCGACGCGACGUACUUUGUGGCGGGCGACGCUCCGUCGGCCGUCGACGCCGUGGCGAAUGCCAUUGCUCGCGCGGCCCCGAACACGACCGUCGUCACGACGCCGGGCCACCCGAUCCACACGGGCAGCGUGGACCACGUCCAGCACGCGAACCGCACGCACUACUCGGGGCACGCCGAAGGGACGCUGAAGGCGCUCGUCGACUUCAUGAUGCUUGUGGCCUCCGACGUCUUCCUCUCGAACUGUCCCGACGGCGGCUCGACGUUCGCCUGGAACGUCCGCACCCUACGGCUAGGCGAGCGGGCCUUCUACGGCCGCGACGCGCGCGUCUGCGAGGGGCGAGUCGCGCUCGGCGCCUAGCGAGUCCCCCGGCCUAAGUUCUCGUCUAUAGUCAUUGGGAAGCUUUUUGACAUCAAAAGCUCGUAG